UCCCUCCGCCGCUGCACGGCGCGGGCCUUCUCCCCAGGUCUGCCGGUCCGGACCCAGAGAACCUCGGCCCCCGGCCCGUCCACAGUAAGGGGACUAUGCUCGUCAAGCGCAGCCUUGACUUUCUGCUGGGCUUCUACUUUCUCUCCCACAUCCCCAUCACCCUGUUUUUGGACCUGCAGGUGGUGCUGCCGCGACAAUUAUACUCGGUCAAGCUCAGAAACCUGCUGGCUUGGUAUGCUGAAGAGUUCAAAGACCCUCUGAUACAGAGCACCCCAGUGUGGUUCAAGUCCUUCGUGUUUUGUGAGCUUUUGUUUCAGCUGCCCUUCUUUCCCGCUGCAACAUAUGCCUUCUUCAAAGGAAAUUGCAAGUGGAUCCGUAUGCCUGCAAUCAUCUACUCAGUUCACACCCUGACAACAUUAAUUCCAAUUCUCUCCACAUUUCUAUUUGGGGAUUUCUCCAAAGCCAGUGGUUUCAAAGGAGUAGGUCCUGAGAGUUUUCAUGAACGAAUAACCCUCAUGGCCAUCUAUGCCCCCUACUUUAUCGUUCCCUUCAUACUUCUGUUGUUCAUGUUGAAGAACCCCUACCGGGAGGAGAAAAGAAAGAAAAAAUGAGGGAAACAAUCACUGACCCAGGAAGAGACAUUCACAGGGCAGUUGCCCCUUUUGACCCAAUACAAGAAAAACUACUCUGAACCCAUGUCUUCAGUAGCAUUUGAAACACGAACAGCAGUACUUAAGAGCAAGAUGGUGGCAGGAGCCACGUCAAACCUUUAUCUUCCAAGGGAUGAACAGAUCCAUCAGCAGGGGUGGCGGGCAAAGGAGAGUGGGGUGUCGUUGAAAAGUCGUGCCAAAUACCUUAUCAUGUGCCCAAGUUCCAUUGCAGGAUUUCUAAGAGCAGGAUCAGACCAGAAACUGAGUAAGCUCCCUCAAAACAUGGCCUCCUUGACUCAUUCAUGAGGCAUCUGACCCACAGCAUAUACACAUGACUGAACCUUUGACUCAUGAUUCACUGUAGCCUAUCAAUCACCAAUCCAAAAAUAGUGGAGUGUUUCAGACCAUUCAAAUUAGAAAUUGUGCCUCCUUAAUAUUCAUUAAAAACCAUGUUUUCUUGGCCCUACCUCUACCCCUGGGAGAAAAAAGGGAAAAUAUUAUGCAGAAGAGGUUUUCCUAAGGUUCAGCCUCAGCAUGAUUUGUCAAUCAAACAGGUUAGACUGGAAGGUGUUUGUUUCUUAAACAGGUCAUCCCAAGAGAUUUUAAGUCACCUUGUUCAUCUUAUUUCCAAAUCUUAGACAUGUAUAUUUUUAAAGACCACCUGGGACAGUUCCCUUCAUUCUGAAGUCUGGCAUCUAAGGACUGUUCUGGAAGUGUGCUCCCUAAUGGACAGCUUCAUCCUUCCUAAUACAGUAUGGUCAUUCCUACCCUGUUUAGGGCUGGGGAUAGUUGGGUGUGACAAGCCCAACGUGUGCACGUCAGGUCUCUUCACAUUAAUGCUCAGCAUUCCAUCAGGGUUCUCUAAAUCUACUUGAGGCCAACACUAAAGAGGGUAAAUGAAAAGUCCUGGUCAACUCUUUUUGUCUUUUUUGUUCACAAGUCAUACUGGUCUGACUGUUGGUACUGACUCUGGUGAGACUGGUCCAAAUAAAGGCAGCUGCUGACCACU